AAGACUUGGCAAAGCUAUUGCCUGUAGGGAAACGGGGCAAAGAAACAAGAGGGUGGGAACUUAUAAAUAUGACACCAGCUCCUGUCAAAGACUUUCCAAAGAGAAGCUCCCUCUCAGCCUCACUCUCAGGCAAAGAAGUGUGAUGACCUUGCUGCUCUUCCUCAUCCUGGCAGUUUGCCUCUUUAACCUGGGAAUUGUACUAUGGGUGAUCUAUGAGCAUUUCUUUAACACAGAUAUCCCUGCUGCCAUUGGCCACACAGUUAAGCUCCGCAUCCUACACUGUCUAUUUCUACUGAUGUUGACUUGGGCGAAGAUUUGUGAAAAACUGGGAAUCUGCUCAAAGUUAACAUUUAUUCGCUUUGUACUUCUUAGUCUGCCAGUCAAGGAGGACCCAAAGCUUGUGGUAAAGAAUUUAUGCUUUGGGACAGUACCUGUGAGGUUGUAUCAGCCAAAGGCAAGAUCUGCAAGCCUCAGGAAAGGAAUUAUCUUCAUCCAUGGAGGGGGUAUGCUUAUUGGGAGCCUGGACAUCUACCACAGCACAUGCUGCUUCCUGGCUAGGGAAACUAACUCAGUGGUUCUAUCAAUUAGUUACCGCCUGGCUCCAGAGCACAGGAACCCUUCUGGUUUAAAUGACUGCAUGGCUGCUUCUGUCCAUUUCUUGAGGAACCUGGAGACUUAUGGAGUGGAUCCAUUUUAUGUCACCUUCUGUGGUGACAGUGCUGGAGGAACAAUGGUGGCUUCUAUUUGCCAAACGCUUGUGACCAAACCAGACCUCCCCAAGAUAAGAGCUCAGAUUCUGAUCUAUCCCUUUAUGCAGGCAAUUAAUUUACAGCUGCCUUCCCACCAACGUUAUAAAAAUACCUUAUUCCUCAAUCAGAAAAUCUUCCUCUUCUGUGUAUUCCAAUAUUUUGAUAUUGAUAUCCUUUGGAAAACUGCUCUCCUGAAUGGUGCCCAUCUACCCCUUGAGAUGCGGGAUAAGUGUGAGGAAAGGGUGGGUGUCCACAACAUCCCUGAGCGAUUCAAACAGGAAGGCUACCAGCCCAAGUCUCCUGGCCCUUUUGAUGAGAAUGUUUACCUGGAAACUAGUCAGAUCUUCUGGGCAAUGAAUUCACCCCUAUUUGCUGACAAGGACAUCAUUGCCCGACUCCCUGAGACCUUGCUUGUGAGUUGUGAGUUUGAUGUCCUUCGGGAUGACUCACUGUUGUAUAAGAAGAUAUUGGACGAUCAGGGGGUGCCAGUGAGCUGGCACCACAUUGAAGAUGGUUUUCAUGGAGUGCUCUUCACCUUUGACAAAGGCUUCUUCAUUUUCCCCUGUGCCUUGACAAUUCUGAAUAUUAUGGUUGAUUUUAUAAAGGAUCUGUGAACUUCACUCAUAGGACUUUCAGGAAGGAAUGGCAAAUAUGGUCUCCAUCUCAAGUUAGGUUCCUGAUUGAGUCUCAUUUUUAUCAUUUUAGGGGAAGGGGUGAGUUCUGGAGCUGAGGGGAAGAGAUUGUAAGGAUAGACUCGCCUUAGGUUCAAGGGUACUCAAAUACAAAUACAAAAAUAUUUUAAAGUACUGCUUGUCCAUGAAAAUGAUGGUUGGAAGAUUAAGCAGGUGGUCCUUAGGUUAUGUUUUUGGCUUGUCUAGGUCCCACUGCAGUAUGAGCCUUUGUGUACCUUUUAUAGGGAGGCACAGGAGUGUCAAAUAGGAUACUGGUUGAGGACUUCCGGUUAAGAUGGCGGCUUAGAGAAAGCUAAAGUUCAGAUCUCCGGAAAACCCUUCCCGACCAAUCUCAAACUAUAAGCUCCUAAGGCGCCGAAAUUUAAAACGAUCAACAGCACAGACCCUGGGAACCCUCCUCCUGGACCUGGACCCGGAUCAAAAGGUACGGGUCCCCUCAAAAGCCAGAACCCGAGAUCAAUUGGACCUAAGGGGUAGGAGCGCAGAGUCCAAGGCUCCGGGAAGCCGCAGCCCGGCCCGGCUCAGAGAGCAGGGUCCUCUGAACAACAACCCUCAGGGCCUUCUAUCCGAGUCCCAGUGAAAGUCAC